AUGUCUGAUUAUAUUGAUGCUGAUCAAAAUUCAAGAGCAAAUUUAGGUUGUUCACUAUUAGGUUCCCAAUCAUCAUCAGCACACUGUUUAUCAUUUAGUCCAAUGAAAUAUGAUGUUUAUAAUAUUGCCAAAACUCAAGUUGAAUAUAAAAUCACAGCAACAUUAACCUAUAGUUAUAAUCAAAAUCCAAUCACUCAAGAUAUAAUUUUAUCAAAUUCAAAUCCAAUGGGAAUGGAUUCAUUCAGCCAAGCUAUGAUUAGAAUUGUUGGCGAUUUUCAAUCGUCAACUCAAAUUAAUCAAUUCACUGAUAAGAAAGUUGUGUUUCCAUAUAAUCAACCAAAUUCAAUAAAUACUGCUAUGUUGUUAGACCAGAAUUUCUUUGAUUUGUCAGGGUUAACAUGUAAUAAAAUUGGGGUUUCCUAUAGUGCCUUUCAAAAUCAACCAAAUAAAUGUGCAGCUUUAUUUGGGUCUUGCCUUCAAAAUCAAAUCGCUGAUUAUUAUAAUGCUGAUGUCACAUUAAUUUCAAAUGGAAAGAAAGGAAACUAUAUUGCAUCUCAAUUUGGUACAAAAGUUGCAGGUGACCAAAAUUCAAGAUCAUUGAAAAUUAGAUUCGAUGAAUCUCAUAGAACAAUGUUAACAAUUACAUUGAAAGCUGAUUCACUUCAAUAUAGAGUUGAUAUAUCACCAGGUAAAAUUAUAAGUUAUCAAAUCGAUCGAUUUGAGUCAAUGUCAAAAAAUGGUAUAUUAAGAGUAAAAGUUCAAAAUAUUGGUACAAUUAAUUCAGAUUAUACAUUGGCAAUAGUUAAUUGUUCAGGUGAUAUUAAUCCUAUAGAUAGUAAAGAUGUAACCAUAAAAUCAAAGGAAAUUUAUAGUUUUGAAUUUCAAAUUUUUACAACUUCAAAAUUAGAUUCAUCUUAUCAAUGUUUUGGUGAUUUAUAUAAUGAAGUUGCUCAAGUUAUCCAUAGUUGCCCAUGCCAAAAUUAA